GCCGCGCGGAUCCGCGGCGGCGCGCGAAGCCGGACGGGGCACUAUGAACGAAGAGGACCAGUUUGUAAGCAUUGAUUUGAAUGAUGACAACAUCUGCAGUGUUUGUAAACUGGGAACAGACAAAGAAACACUCUCCUUCUGCCACGUUUGUUUUGAGCUAAAUAUUGAUGGAAUACCAAAAUCUAAUCUCUUGCACACCAAAUCAUUAAGGGGCCAUAAAGACUGCUUUGAAAAAUACCAUUUGAUUGCAAACCAGGAGUGUCCUCGAUCUAAGCUUUCAAAAAGUACUUAUGAAGAAGUUAAAACCAUUUUGAGUAAGAAGAUAAACUGGAUUGUACAAUAUGCACAAAAUAAGGAUCUGGAUUCAGAUUCUGAAUGUUCUAAAAAUCCCCAGCAUCACCUGUUUAAUUUCAGGCAUAAGCCAGAUAAAAAGUUACUCCCACAGUUUGACUCCCAAGUACCAAAGUAUUCUGCAAAGUGGAUAGAUGGAAAUGCAGGUGGCCUCUCAAACUGUACACAAAGAAUAUUGGAACAGAGGGAAAAUACGGACUUUGGGCUUGCUGUGUUACAAGAUUCAGGUGCCACUUUAUGCCACAAUAGUCAAUUGUGGCCUCAUAGUCACAACGAGGAACAGAAAAAAGAAGAGACAGUCUCUAAUCCAGAGGCUAAUGUCCAAACCCAGCAUCCACAUUACAGCAGAGAAGAAUUGAAUUCGAUGACUCUUGGUGAGGUAAAGCAACUGAAUGCAGAGCUCCGACAACAAAUACAGGAAGUUUUUGAAGAGUUAGCCCACCAAGUGCAAGAAAAAGAUUCUUUGGCCUCAGAGCUCCAUGUCCGCCACAUUGCCAUCGAACAGCUUCUCAAGAACUAUUCCAAGUUACCGUGUCUGCAAAUGGGACGAACGGGAAUGAAGUCACACCUACCCAUAAACAACUGAACUCUAAACUUACACGUCCUUCCUAUGGCCUGCCAUUUUUUUGGCCUGCACACUUUGAAGAAGUUGAAGAAAGUUAUGGUCAAUUAUUUUAUGGUCAUUAAAUUUGCAAAACUUAAGGCAGUGUUUAACAUCUUUGUCAAAUAAAGCAGAUCAUUACACUCUAGUCUUCUAGGGUUAAUCAUUUUGGUUCAUUUGGGAAAUCUUUUUUCCCAUAAUUACUAAACAGCCCUCCCUAACUUUUACCACAUGUGACUACUUAAAUAUACUGUUAGAGUGUGACUUUGUUAAACAUGGUUUAAUGUAAUUCACCUGUCAGAACAACAGAAGGUUAACAAAGUUCUUAGGUUAGUCUAAACUACUAAAGAUAACAUUUAAGAGGUAAAUGGAAUUCAUAAUAUCACCUCUUAUUUAUUGAGCAAUAUUUUAAUAUGAAAAUUUUAUAUAUAAAAAUAGUAUUUUAGGUACCUUUUCAUUCUGUUUAUAAAUGUGUAUUUGAAUGGCUCUGUAUAUUAUAUUUACACUUUCAUGUGUGAAUGUUACCCAUAUUUCAGAUCACUGCAUUUUAUUCUCUUAAUAAUGUUUUUACAGCUGUUAUCUUAUUUUCCAAAGAUAAAUGUAUUUUGGCAUAGAAAUCUAUCUAGU